AUGCUCGGACCUCGACGCUUUGACAAUUUCAAUGACCACGUUCCGGCUGACAUCCGUGCCCACAGGUACCGUGCUGCCCCUGAGCAAUACAAGUCAACCAACGUUGACAUUGAGAUUGACCGCCGAGGCUCCCAGGACCACAUCGACGUUGAUUACGAACGACGUCAAACCCAAGGCCAAACUUACGACCAGACCUUCGAAUCCCAACUCGACAUCACCGAACGAGACUACCGCCGUCGCUUGAAUCCCACCUACGACGUAGAAUACGAGCGUCGCCGACCAAUUGAAGAGGACGUCGCUGUUGAGAAGGCACACAUCAAACUCGACAAACCAAUCAAAAGAGACAUGGGCUACUACGACGACGAAGGUCAAUACCACAGCUUCCGCCGAGGAGUAGAACGUGCUGCUGACAAGAUCAUGCACCCCUUCUCCCACCACCAUCACCACCACGGCGGCGAUCGCAAUGAGGAGGUCAUCAUCAGCGAGCAGCGUGUAACCGGACCCACCAGUGCUGGCUCUGGAGCCCCAGCAGUCCGCUAUGUUGAGCCUCGCUUCAGUGGUCGUGGUGGCGUGUCUAUCCAGUGCCACUUCAUCCGCAUUGGUGAUAUCCUCCUUUUGCAAGGUCGACCGUGCCAGGUCAUUCGUAUCACCGUGUCGUCUCAGACCGGCCAGUACAGAUAUCUGGGUGUCGACCUGUUCACACGUCAAUUACAUGAGGAGAGUUCUUUUGUCAGCAAUCCUCAACCGUCAGUGGUGGUGCAGACAAUGCAAGGCCCGGUGUUCAAGCAGUACCGUGUCCUGGAUAUCCGCGACGAUGGAAUGAUUGUCGCCAUGACGGAGACUGGUGAUGUCAAGCAGGGCAUCCCCGUCGUCGACCAAGGCGGUCUCUUCAACAAGAUCGAGCGUGCCUACAACGAUGGACGGGGAAGUGUACGAGUGCUGGUGAUAAAUGAUGGGGGAAGAGAGUUGAUUGUUGAUUUGAAGAUUAUUCAUGGUUCGAGAUUGUAG